AUGAGGGGCGCCCCGCUCUCCCCGUGUGCGCCUCGCGUCUCCUUGUCGUGGUUUCAGGUAACACAGGGCCGCUGGUACCGCCGUUUGUGUUUGAGUUUGAUUCUUUCUGUUGUUCUUCUGCUUUGUUUGGCUGCCCUUGUCUCCAUCGUUUGGUCGCUCGUUGGGUCUCUCAUACUCAGUGCAGCAAUAUGCGGGGGCCUCCUCCUCGUCGUCGUCUACUUUCUCACUCAUGCGCUGACAUUCCCUGGCAGCAACGGCACCUUCCAAUGGUACAUGCAGCAGCAGCUAGCAGCAGAAGCAGCAGAAGAGCUGCUGCAGCGGCUGCGCCCGCUCGAGCUCUUCUUGCUGCACCUCCUUGCUGCUCCCGUCCGCGGCCUUUCAGAAGAGCAGAAGGAGGCUGCAAUUCUCUCCGCCCCUCCUUCUUGUCUCCACCACUCUCUCUCCAGCAACAGCAGCAGCAACAGCAGCAGCAGCAGCAGCAGCAGCAGCGGUAGCAGCAGCGAUAGCGGUAGCAGCAGGCCCUUCCCCCUGCUAAACUCGGUAGAAGAAGUGCAGCAGGGUUCUUUGUUUGCUGCUGGAGAUGCUGCUGCCAAGGAGGCAAUCGCAGAGUGCUGCGUUCUGGUGUCUAUGCACCUCCGCGCCUUCCAGUGUCUUCAUCUGAAGGCAGACAGCCUGCUAGAACACGAGCCCGCAGCAGCAGCAGCAGUAGAGCGCACAGAUGCAGCAGCAGCAGCAGUAGCAGCAGAAGCAACAGCUGCAACAGCAGCUGCUGCAGCACAACAUAAAGAGCUGCCUGGAUGGUAUCAGCAGCAACUUGCUCGGUGCACUCUAACCUGGCUAGAGGAGGCCCUCGCCUUCUCUUGCUCUUCGUUGCUUUCUCAUCUCCUCAGUAUAUCCCUCACACCAGCAGCAGCAGCAGGCAGCAGCAGCAGCAGCAUGAGCAGUGGCUUGUGGGGCGUCAGUACACAAGAGGAGAGACUGCCUCUCGCUGGGCUGCAGCUUGCGAGCUCUUCGGAUGUUUUUGCAUGCGCUGCUGCACUGCAGCAGCUGCAUGCAGUGGCGCUGCUGCUGCUGCCUUUUCAAGGAAACCAUGCGCAGCAGCAGCAGCAGCAGCAGCUGCAGCAGCAGCAGGUUUUGAUGAAGCAGUCUCUUGGUUUACGCUUGGUGCUGUUCCUGCUGCGCUCCCUCGUACGGCCACCGCUGGGGUCGCUGCCGCUGCUGCAGCAGCAAGCAGCAAAUGUUUGUGGUUUAGAGGGGGAAGCAGCAGGCGUGGAGCUGUGGCUGCCAGUGCAGCAGCAGCGGCGACGAGCUCAUGUUGCUGCUGCACUGACGAAGACCUUUGCUGCUGCAAAGGCCCUUGCUGCGCGCUGCUUGAAGCUCUGCCCCCGCUGCAGCAGCUGCAGCAGCUGCAGCAGCAGCAGCAGAAUAUUCAACUUUCAGCAGCAACACUCUGCUCUGCUGGAGUAUUCUGCUGCUGCCAGCCCGCCUGCCUUACAACCUGCUGCUGUUGCUGCUGCAGUCCCUGCUGCUGCUGCAUGCGCUGCCAGGAGCACAGCAGCAAAGGCAGCAGCAGCAGUACUUCGCUUGCUGCAGCCUCUCCUGCGCGUUGGCAACCUGGCAGCAGAACGGGAGGACUUGCGGGCCGUCUUGGGGCUUCUUAACUCUAAGCCGUUGCAGCAGCAGCAGCAACAGCAACAGCAGCAGCAGCAGCCUAGCAGCAGCAGGAGCAGCAGCAGGACAGGAGCAGAACGCCAGGCCCUACUAGCAGCAGAUACAGCUGAUGGGGGCUUCGAUUCUUUUCGUUUUGUCUGUGGCUGUAAAACUCUUCUCUGCGGCUCUACGCACACUCCUGAAGCAGCAAUAGCAGCAGCAGGUACAGCAGCAGCAGCAGCAGCAGCAGCAGCAGCAGCAGCAGGCAUCCGCCGCAUUGCUGUUCACGGCCGCUCUAUUGGCGGCCUCCCGGCGACAUAUGUUGCCUGCCUCUCGCAGCUUGUACAGCAGCAGCAGCAGCAGCAGCAGCAGCAGCAGCAGCAGCAGCAGUUUGCAUAUGCUGCUGCUGCUGCUGCUGCCGCUGCGGCCCCCCCAGGCUGCUGCUACCCGUCCAUGUUCCCACGGGAAACUAGCAGCAGCGGCGGCGGCAGCAGUAUGAGCAGCAGCAGCCACUACAAGAGCAGCAGCAGCAGCAGCAGCAGUAGCAGCAGCAGUGGAUCUGUGGCUCUGCUGUGUAUAGACAGAAGCUUCUCCUCCCUCGAAGCAGCAGCAGCUUCUUUAUUUGGAUGGUGGGCAGCAGCAGCGGUUCGUGGGGUAACGGCCAUAUCUGCACUAUGCAUGCCGGAUUGCUGCAGCAGCUGCAGCAGCAGCUGUUGCACCUGCAGCAGCAGCAGCAGCAGCAGCAGCAGCGCCUGCUGCUGUUCGCGCCAACAAGGGGGGAUGCUUUUGCAGCAUUCGUCUUCCCUGCAGUCUGGGGAGCUGCUGCUGCUGGAGGAGGGCGCUGCUAGCACGACCGGAUGCAGCAGCAGCAACAGCAGCAGCAGCAACAGCAGCAGCAGCAGGAGCAACAGCAGAGACAGCAGCACGACGGCUCCAGUUGCACCUGCAGUAGUAGCAUUCCCAUCACCAGCGCCAUCAGAGGCAGCAGCAGAUGCAGUUUCAUCAGCAACACGAGAAGCAACAGAAGCAGCAGCAACAGCAGCAGCAACAGCAGCAGCAGCAGCAGCAGCAGCAGAGUGCUUAGAACGCGCUUCUACAGCAGCAGCAUUUGGAGCUGUUAAGUGCAGCAAAAUAGUUGUCUAUACACCCCACGAUGAAAUCAUAGAAGACGCAGCCUCCCUGAAGACAGCCGUGGCGCGCCAGACGAGCCCCCUAGCUUUUCAGCUGCUGAGAGAGGAAUUGCUGCUGCAGCAGCUGCAGCAGCAGCAGCAGCUGCAGCAGCAGCAGCAGCAAGGCUUUGGUUGCUCUGUUGGUAGGAGCAGCAAGUGGGGUCUAGCAGCAAAUAUACAGAAAACUUCUGCUGCUGCAGCUGUGUCUCUCGAUGCCGCACUACAACUUGUUAAACAGUUGGGGUCUCCCUUGAACAAACAACAGCAGCAGCAGCAGCAGCAGCAGCAACAGGAGCAGCAACAGCAGCAGCAGGGGCUGCUGCCUGCUGCAGCUGGAGUUGCUGCAGGUUUUAGCGGCAGUGUCUCUGACGUUGAUGCUCUGCAGAGGCACUACCUCAGCUCUGUAGCAGCAGCUUGGCGUUAUAUGGGGGAGUUUCUGCUUCUUGCUGCUGCAGCAGAGGAGACAGCUUUGAGGCCCGAUGCUCUCCAGAUGCUGCCGCAUUACCCUUUGCUAUAUGAGACAUUCCAAGCAGCAGCAGCAGCAGCAAGAGCCCUUUCAUUCAACUCUCACCAGCAGCAGCAGCAACAGCAGCAGCAGCAGCAGCAGCAGCAGCAGCAGCAAGUGUUGAGUGUCUUUAAUAGAACAUUCCGAAGAGCAUAUAGCCUGCUGAGGGCCUCUCCGUCUCCAGAGGAAGGAGAAGCCCUAAGGCUCGCUGCACAAGACCCUCAAAUAGAGCUCGUCAGCAGCAGCAGCAGCAGCAGUAACAGCAGCAGCAGCAGCAGCAGCAGCAGCAGCAGCAAUAGCAGCAACGAGAGCAGGAGAGUUGGUGCUGCAGUUGAGAGCUGCAGAGUUACUUCGUUAGCGCCUCGUAUGCGGGAGCAGCUGCUUGCUGCUGUUUUCUUCUUCGGUCGCCGCUGCCGCAUCGGUAGCAGCAGGAGCAGCAGCAGCAGCAGCAGCAGCACAUCGACAGGAGCUGAAAUACACAGGCUGCUGGUGUGUUGGCUCUCCCCACUACAGAAAGAACUUAGAGAAGUUGCAGGGCUCCUUGGCGGGCUGCUGAAUGCUGCGGGCUGUCUGCUGGGGUCUUCGCUGCAUCGAGCUGCUGCUGCUGCUGCAGCAACGCCAGCAGCUCAUACCUUAGCAGCAGCAGCAGCAGCAGCAGCAGCAGCAGCCCCCAUAAAGGACUUCUGCUGCAGCCUGUAUCUGUGGGGGAGCGUACCGACGGCACCCCUCCUCGCGUUUGUGGCCUCCAUAACAGCAGAAUCAGCAGCAGAGAUGCUGCAACAGCAGCAGCAGCAGCAGCAGCAACAGCAGCUACUGCAGCAGCAGCAGCUACUGCAGCAGCAGCUGAUCGGCGAAGAGGAGCAGCAGGCGCAGCAGCAAGUGCUGAAACCUUCCGUGUGGAUUCAGCUGAUUCCUUUCUUGCGGGAGGAGACUCUAAGAGAUGUGCUUUUACUUUCUCUCUUUAAAGCCAAGCUGCUGCAGCAGCAAAUCCAGCAGCAGCAGCAACUGCUGCUGCAGCAGGAGCACCAGCAGCAGCAGCAGCGGGUGCUGCAACUGUUCGUCGCCGCUGUACAAAGAGCCGAGUCCCUGCAGCAAGUCUCUUCAACAACGUGGGUUGUUGCUGCUGCUGCUGCAGCGCAGCAGCUGCUUCAUCUCAUACAUCAGCAGCAGCAGCUCUUGCAGCUCUUGAGCUCACAUUUCUCAGCAAAGCACGAGCAUAACAGCAGCAGCAGCAGCAGCAGCAGCAGCAGCAGCAGCAAACGACGCCGACGCGUCUCCCGAAAUGAAGUGCAUCUUUUAGGAGCCUUCUGCGCUGAAUUUGGGGGCAUCACACCACAGAUGCUUCAGCAGCAGCAACAGCAGCAGCAGCAGCAGCAGCAACAGCAGCAGCAGCAGCAGCAACAGCAUCCACUGGGCCUGUACAUCCGCUGCUGGAUGAGGCUCCUUGGGUGUUUGUCGGCUUUGCUGCUGCAGCACCGCGUCGCUGCAGCAACAACAGCAGCAGCAGCGAAGGUGGAAUCCAUUCUGCAGCAGCAGCAGGUGACCAAAUACUUGAAAGCAGCAGACAAAAAAAGCAGCAGCAGCAACAGCAGCAGCAUCAACAACAGCAGCAGCAGCAACAGCAGCCGCAUCAACAACCGCAGCAAGAACAGUAACAGCAGCAGCAGCAGCAACAGCAAUAUGUGGAGCCUGUAUGCGUAUAAUGUUGUGUUUCAGGUUUCUUCUGCUAUCGUUGUUGAAUGCCCAGAGAAUUGUUUGGGGCUUGGGGGCGCAUGCAUGCACAUAAGGAUUUGUCAGCGGUACUGCUUAGCUGAGAUGCUGCAGCACCUGCAGCAGCUUAAGACCUUCAGCGACCUCAUCGCCGGGUUUUACUUUUGCUUUGAAGCCCCAAACACGAAGCCCUCUGGGCCUGCGAGCCACAGGCCCCCCCACCAGGAGUAA